AUGGGUGAGCUUGUAAAUGCUGCAAGAACAUUAGGUGAAACAGGAAAUUUUGUAGAUGGUUUUAAAAGACUUGUUUCAAAUGUUUUAACAAACACAAAGAAAUUAUUUAGAUAUACCGUACAUAACGGACGGAUUUUCGAACAGAUAGCAACAAACCCUCCGGUUAUGGCUGCGUUGAUGAUGGUUAGAGAUAUAAAACCACGUAACGACGGGAACGAAGAACAUGAACAACAGGAUACUGGUCGGGUUAUUCGAGACAUUAAAAACGUGUAUCCUGAAGUUAUUGAUUUAUUUAGAGGAGUUAAUGAUUCAAUUUCAAAACAUUCUAUAACCCUCGAUGAAGAGAAUAAAUUAACAGAUUAUAUAUUCGUCAUUAUUGCAGAAUUAAUGAAGAGAAUAAAUGAAAAAGGUAUAGCUGAUAUCAUUAAUGUCAGCGAUGUAAUGAUGAAAAGAAAUUUUGACUCAUUAUUUACAGAACCGAAAACAGAAUAUAGUCUUUAUGACGUAAUUACCGAAUUAAUGAAAAAGAUUAAUGAUAAUAAGAGUUCUGGCGGAAGAGUUGAAUUAGAA